CACAGCUUGCAACCCACCCGCUUCUCACAGAUUCACAUGGCGCCUGCAGAUCUGCUGGGUGGGGCAGGAACUGGGGACUGUUUACAAGUGAAACUCGCUGUAGCUUUACACCUCAAUAAAUAAUGGACCGGAAACUGAAUCUGGACCGAGCUGAGACAUUCUCCUUUGUCAACCCGUGGAUCAGAUACUUUCUCUUCUUCUUCAGCUUCUUAUUUUGGGUUUUCUCCCUGUUGAUUGUUGCAAUUGGUGUGUAUGCUAAAGUCCAGAAGGCCACAGACACGGUGAGGGACACGUUCCUGAUCGACCCGGCUGUCAUCUUAAUCGUGGUGGGGGUGGUCAUGUUCUUCAUCACUUUCUGUGGCUGUAUCGGAGCUCUCAGAGAGAACAUUCGCCUCCUCAAGACAUUCUCCUUCAGCCUCACACUGGUCUUCCUCACCCAGCUGGCCAUAGCGAUUCUGGGCUUCUUUUACUCCGAUCAGGCACGGGAUGCUUUGGGAAAGUUUGUAAAGAAAGCAAUUGUGCACUACAGGGAUGACCUGGAUCUGCAGAACCUGAUGGAUUACAUUCAAAAAGAGUUCAAGUGUUGUGGAUGGAACAACUACACUGAUUGGUCUUGGAACCUCUACUUUAAUUGUACACAUGACAACCCCAGCUCUGAGCGCUGUGGUGUGCCUUAUUCAUGCUGUACUCCUGUUCCUGGGGAGGCAGUGAUCAACACUAUGUGCGGUUUUGGAGUUCAAACGCAAAACUUCAUGGAGGCAAACAAGUCGAUCUACCCAGUAGGCUGUGCAGACAAGGCAGUGAUGUGGAUCGAGUCUCAUCUGCUGCUGGUGGGAGCUCUCGCCUUGGGUCUGGCCUUGCCUCAGAUUGCAGGAAUUGUGCUGUCCCAGAUCCUGAUCUCUCAGAUUCAAGAUGAGAUUACCUCAGUGUUGUGAGAGCGCUACGACAGAGGGGAAGAAAACGAAAGAAAGGAACUUGCAGUACUCCACUCAGCUUCUCUGACAUGUUCAAGGACAUCUUUUCUACAGCUACUACUGCAAUAUCCGGGCAUGUGAUAUUCUUAACAUGUGGUUGCCUACAGGUAUACAAGUGUGAUGCACUUUAAUGUAUUAUUUACAGUCAAUUAUAUGCCAAGUGUAUAUAUUAUUAACCGGUUUUGAACAUUGACGUCAAGAUUUCAUCUCUUUAAAUGUGAAAAGUUUGCUUAUAGAAUUGAGUUAAAACAUAUGCAUUUAUUAUUUUAUGUUACUGUUUAUCACUGAACAUCAGCUCACAUAAAGCAAGUCAUUAUGUGUCGUUUUUUAAAGGUCUGGAAACACAACAUUCACACACUGCUCGCCUCCCUCACUCAGCUAACGGGAAAGAAAGAGAGUGAAGUAGUAAAUCAAACAAUUUCUGAUCCUAAAGUCAAGGUAGGCGUAGCCACACCUCCACACAACCAGGCAAGAAGGUGUCACACUGGAUUUUGUGCGAAUGCAGCCAAUAUGCAGUGUACGUACUCGCCACUGUGGGCCAUCUG